UAUUUUUUUCUAUUUAAAUUCGACAUUAUUAUCACUUUAAUAAGUUUUACUCGUUUUACUAUAUUUAUUCCAACUAAAUUAAGAAUAAACUUUUUAAUAAUAUUAAGGUUAGAAAAAUUCUAAUAUUAACCCUGGUGACCCGGGUUUUUUUAAUUAACACUACGUUACAUAUAUUUCUGACAAUAAGAAAAUGCUCCUCCGUUAAAAUAGUCACUUGAAAAAAACUUAGUUUUUUCAAAAUCAAAUCAAACUAAACACAUUUUCCCGUUUUAUGUUCUCGAGGCACGAUUGAAAAAAUAAUGUAACACUAUGAAUAAUUCAGAUGAAGAUGAAUAUUUUACAUGGCUUGAUAAAUUCGCCUCUCUUUUAAAAGGAGUUACUGAAAAUAUAAAUAAUGAUGCUUCAUUUGGUCAUCUUCUCAAUGUUUAUGAAGAGAUCAUUUCUAGAGAAUAUUCCACGUGCUUUCAUGAUAAAGUUAAAGCAGUUAUGUUGAAAAAUCAUAUCAAGAAGACUUUAAAUUUCUUCCAUUUUUAUUGGCGAAACUAUAAAGAGACAGUCAGCGAUCGUUAUUUGUAUUUAAAUAAAAUGACUGAUAUACUUAAAGUAUACUUAGAUCUACAAGUUGAAAUAAAUUGCAAACUUGUUAAUUCUUCUGAUAUCAUCACCGCUCUAUGUCUCUAUUUAGAUAACUCAGAGGAGCAUAUUUUCAAAAUUCUACUAAAGGGCAAAUAUGAGACGGAAGAAUUAAAGAAACUUUAUUGUCCUAUAUUCGCAAAAUUCCUGUCGAAUUUCGAAAAUACCGAAGAGUCAAUAAAAGAUUUUACCUACAUCCGAUAUUUACUGGCAUUUAAAUUAUGGGAAAGAAUUGUUGACAAUUCAGAUGAGCAGUUAAAAAUUAAAAACAUGGCCCAACAAAAGUUGGGCUUUCUAAUGCCACAAAUGGAUUUGGAAUUAUUGAACAUUAUUUCAAAAUCUCCAAAUGGACACAUGAAUGCCACAUGGUGGCUAAUGAAGUACAGUUUGGUUGGUUUGCAAAAGAUAUGCAAUGACUUUUUGGAACUCGAGGAGAAAAUUCAUUCAUUUUGUGAUGUCGAAAAGUUUGACGUGAAAAAUUCCCUCGAAGAAAAAUUAUCACCAGUGAAGAAAAAAAUGAAACGUACAGUGCCAAAAUUAAAAAAGAAUCAAUUACUAUUAAUUGAUUUAACAAAUGAUAAUGAUGAAAUAAAAGAAAUUAUCACCAAUAAAGAAAAGCCAAUAAAAAGAUCAAUAUGCAUUGAUUUAACAAGUGAUAAUGUCGAUUUAAAGGAAAUUACAAAGAAGCAAAGGCUAAUAAAGAGACCGCAGUGGUUGAAUGAAAUCAAAAUACAAAAGACAAAUUUAAAGAAUAAAUCCAAAAAAUCACAAUCAAUCACAAAGCGGAUAAAGAUAUCAGAGAAAGAUACAAGUAGUAAUGAAAAUUGCGAAAUGAUUGACGAUAAUAAUAGUGAGAAUAUUCACCAAAAAUCUGAUGUUACCUUCAAUAAUUCUAAUGAAAUUAAUUCAGAUCUUGUUAAUGCGAGCACGAUCUUAAUUAACGAUAGUUAUAAUGAAAAAUCUAGUGAUUCCCAUCAUGAUGUUGUUGACAGUAGUACAACAUUUGUAAAUUCAGUCUGUGAUCAUUUUAAUUCUAGUGUACUUGUUCCUGAACUUGAAAAGAAUGAUUUUAACGAUUUUUGGAGAUCAACAACAUUCGAAGAUUAUCUCUCAGAAUCUACAUCGUGCAUUGAAACUGAUUCAUAUAAAACAUUCCAAGAAGAAAUUUCCAAUGAACAAUUUUUCGGCGAACCAUCAAAUCUAAUAAAUGAAAAUCAAUUAUUUGAAAAAAAUUUAUUAUUGAGAGAAAUUUUAAAUUAUUCCUCAAGUAAAUUUUUUCCUUCCGACGUGAAUUUUUUAAAGAAAACUGAAAAAAUUACUGAUAAAACAGAAAAUGAUAAAAAUAAUAUGAAUCAAGUUUCAAGUUCACUCAAAUUCUUUUAUUCCACAGAGCAGGAAAUAAAUCCCAAUCUUCUAAAGAACACAAAAGAGAGUGCAGAAUUUGUAGAAAUCGGUGACAAAAAUGAUAUGAAUGAAGUUUCAAGUUCGUUGAAUAAAUUCUUUUCUUCCAAUGAUCAAGGAAUAUGUUCAAAUCUUAAUCUAAAGAAAGCAGAAGAAUGUAAAGAAUUUGAGGAAAAUAAAAUUGACAUCGAUAAUAAAAAUGAUUUGAACGAAGUUUCAAGUUCGCCGGAUAAAUUUUUUUAUUCCACCGAUCAAGGAAUAAAUCCAAAUCUUCUUUUUUUGAAAAAAAUCGAAGAAUUAAAUGACAGUGAGAGAGAAUUUAUGGAAAAUAAAAUUGACAUCAGUGAAGAUUUUGAAGAAAAUGAAGAAUUUUUUGACAGUAACGAUAUGAAUGAGCAAAAUGAAGUUUCUAGUACAUCGUCAUCACAUUAUAAAAAGUCAUAUAUUCGGAGUUAUUUAAAAGAAGUAAAAUCAAAUAUUUCAUUUGAUUUGGAACAAUUUGUUCAGCAGUUACUACCGUUUAAGAAAAGAUAUCUUCAAGGAGGAAUUCAUGAAAAUGGUUUGAGUUUAUUCAACAAAGCGGAUCUCUGACAUCGAUUCAAAAGAAAUAUGAAGAAACAGUCACCUGUGUGGAAGAUCAAGUUUCAAAAUCAACAUCUCUUCUAAAUUUUACAUGAUUUUACUCAUUCACUUGAAAAUUGUAGAUGAGCAACAAAAUUCUCCACACUAUGAUCAACAUUCGUGAAGAAGGUAUAUUUUAUUUUCUAAUUCUCUGAAUGUACUUAAUAAGAACCAAAAUUUUUUUUUUUAAAGCUAAUUUAUUACGAUAUCGAAAUGUUAAACAAUCGAUAAAAUUCAGGAUUUGUAAAUUUCAUUUACAAAUCAAUAUUUUAAGCAUGUAUACGAGUCUUCAUCUUACAGGGAUUUUGUCAGAAUUUAUUUUACCAUUAUUGACAAAUAAUUUUUAAGACUGUUAUAAACUUUAAAUACUAUUUUAU